AUGCCUGUCAAGAGGGACGAAAUGUUGGACGUUCUGUGCAUGGUGUCUAAAGAAGAAAACUUGAGAGUGACACUGAAGCAUUCGGCUAAAGGAGGUCUUAUCACUGGCGCAACUGCGAUGGCAGCCGGCUUUCUUAUGGGACCUGUUGGGUUAGCAGUUGGUGGGGCACUUGGUGGCUGUGCAGCUGCAAUCUUGAUGCGAGACAAGUUUGUGUCUGCUGCUGAGAUCAUCAGCAACAUGUCUGAUGACCAAAAGGACGAGCUUAUCACAGCUGUGCAACGAGCUCUCUCAGACAUUGAAGUUAUGGACAUUGUGGAGAUGUGUGCUCUUCUUUGUGGUGAUAUCCAUAUCAAAAAGCGUAUCAUUCGUGCGAUGAUUGACUAUUUUCACAACCAGAUGCGCUUGGAAAUCAUUGACUGACGAUUAUUGCUUUGGGAGUGCUACCAUUUCAAGUUUUUCCAAGUUUCAUGGCAUGAUCUCCUUUGUUGGAAGGUUUUCUCUUGGUUUCUGCCUAUGUAAAUUCAUGUUCAUAUGUGAGCCUUGCACCCAUUUGCAAUUAGAGUACUGCUUUGGACUUCUAUCAAGCACAUGACUUGAACGGUACAAAAAGGAAAGAGUAGUUCCUGCUCCCUGGGAUAACUAGGGGAGGUUUUUUUUUUUAAAUACGCUUUCUUAUUCCACAAGGAACGUUUUAAAAAGAUGACAGAUAGAACAGAGCGCAGAGCACUCUGUCCUAUCUGUCGUCUUUCUGAAACGUUCCCUGUGCACUAAAAAAGUAUAUUCCGAAAUUCAAUACCAACCAGCCCAAGUAGCCGCUCUUUUGUAGGGAAGAUAAUUCGCCUCUGUGCACUGGCAAAAAUUUUUUAAAAUCAAAUCAUGGCUUCACAAAUGCUGAAUACAAUUAACUGUACAAAUUCGAAAUGUAUAACUCAAAGGCCCCUUGUUUGUAGAAAUCAUUUUACAAGUUUCUGUCAAAGCAGGCUUGCCUGUGGAGUUGCUUGUGGAGGCACCAGCUAAUGUGAGAGAGUGAAGUGACAAGAGAUUUUCUUUUUAUCGAAGAAAAUUAUGGUCACUGAAAACACUAAUUUGACGUAUCAGGCUUCAAUGCACCAAAUCCACUCAAUAUAACAAUAGAGGUACUCUUUUCUAAACCAACAGUAGUGCAUGACACCAUAGUGCUACUGACCGGGCCCAUACCCAGGAAUUCUUUUUUUUUUGGGGGGGGGGGGGGGGGGCAUGUUUAUGUGUCGGACGGCUAAUUUUGGCAACUGGGGGUUCAUGUGAAGGCGUGCAAGCACUUAAGUAUCAGCCUAAAAGUUGAAACAAAAAAAUUUCUGGAGCUGUCGGAGCUCCCUCAACUCCCCCCUAGUUAUGGUCAUGCUACUGACAGAUCCAUUCAGGCUUACUGUUACAUUUAGCUUUUAGGGACAUGAAAGUGCUAGAGGAUCCAUAAUAAAGCAGAAAUAUUAUUUCAUGUAUGUCUGUUCACAUAUUACAUAUUGCCAGUCUAUUUUAACACAGGCAUUUGGAGAUCUCAAGUGAACGAGGCCAUAUUCACCAGUAUGUAUGUACAUCUAAGCGUAAUAUAAUACUGAUUUUUUUUUCUGCUUGAGGUAGUGUGUUUGCAUCUCACUGUAAGCUUUUUUUUCCCAGUAUGUUUGGUAGCAGCAGCUUGGAGGCAUUUGGCAGGAGGCAUUGCAACAAGUGUCUUGAGAAAAGGUGAGGUGUCAAGUUUAAACAACUUUCUCACUCAUUAUAGAGUGGGUUUCACGCAUUAUAUGCAAUUUUAAUGAUUGUCAAAAACACUGCCAACAUUUUAUGCUCUGUGUAAUAUGUUUAGUUAGAUAGAUAAGAAGGGCUUCUUGAGGCAAA